AUGGCAUCGACCUCCGACCAUCCCGCACCCGUUGAUCUGCCAUCAUCGCAGCUGCAACCCCCACCACCAGCGCAAAAACAACCAAUCUCCUACUCCUCCGAAUCUUCCUCCAACGUCCUCGCCUCGGAUUCCCCCUCGCCCUCCCAAUAUUCAUCCUUUUCCAGCUCCGACAGUGAUGGCGACGACCACAUCCCCGGCGCGACGGAGGUCAUCGACGAAGAUGAUGCCGGUGACGUUGUCGGGGUAAGCAUCGGUCGCUUCCAAAGCCGCAUGAAAGCCCGUGCCACGCCCGCCGAGGAGAAAUCGCGCGUGCUGGAACAACAGGGGGGGCUAUUUCACCACCGUGCCGGACAAAACCCCGAGCUCAGCAACGAGAGCGACAAGCCCGAGCGCAAAUGGAAGAACCAGCGGGCUACCGCGAGAAAGCCCGCCACGCUUCCUCCCGCCUCUUCCAUUCCAGUGGAGCAUCGCGCGCCGCGUGGCCCCCACAAGGAGCUCUCCGCACCUGCGCCCAGGUCCGAGUCCAAGGAUAAUACUUCGAAUCAGCGCUCCAGUUUCACCCGGUCGUUACUGAAGACCUCGUUACCGCGGAGGCCGCGUGCUUGGUCCGGGGAAUUGAAGAAGUUCCUGCCGGACCUGGGAUCUCUGGCGAAACGGCCUUCGUUGUCUUUUCGCUCCAACAAUGGCCCUCGAGCUCGGAGCCAGACGGUGGCUGCAGCCGCAAAACGAAGCCCGGAGAUCGGUUCCACAACACGCUCUCUGAAUCGACACUCGCCAUCGCCAUCGCCAUCGCGGACACUGAAUGGCAACGCGGAUUCAUAUGUUAAUGCCAAUGCCCAUGUCAAUGCCAAUGAGGAGGAUGAGGGAGAUGAUGCGCGGCCACUAUCAGAGCUACGAUCGCUCGAUGGCGCAUCAGCUGUGAAGCAUUCUUUUACGCGGCGGCCGAGCGCAACGCCAAAACGGCCCCCGAGUCUGCGGAAAUCUUCUUCGGAUCAAUCGUUGUAUCUGCGCGCUUCAUCCACGGCGUCUUCUCUAGAACAACGACCCCUCUACGAAAAUGUACACUCGCAGGUCAAUAGCCGGUUUAAGGCCAUCAAGGAUAGUCUACAGGAUUCGAGCAGUCGUUUGUUGAGCAUGCCCUCAUUGCAUCUGCAAGAUAUUCGUUAUGAUUGGGGAUCGCGCCCAUCUUUCUUCAAUGAGAAUGGUCUGGAGCCAACCACCGCCGCCAGAGGGAUCAACAAUGGCCCAUCUGUUCAUACCGCACCGCCACCCCCACCGCCUAAAAGUAAUACUCAACCGACACAUCCGAUCUUGGAAGAGGCCAUGUCUGAAUUGACCGGCGAUGUGGUGAUUCUGGGAGGCUACCGCGGCUCGAUCCUACGCUCUGCAAAGCCGCCACACCGGCAAUUAUGGGUACCGAUGAAGGUGGGCCUGAAUCUGCGUAAAGUCGAUCUGGAGGUUGGUUUGACUCGCGAGGACGAGGAACGUAUGGAAGAAUCAAUUAUUCCAUCCGGUGUGCUAUCCCACGUUGGACCCGUGGACGUCUGUCGCCGCUUGAUGAAGCGAUUGCGCAAAUGCGACAAUUGUGUGCGUGGAGACCUUCGGGUUUGGGAUUAUGGCUACGAUUGGCGAUUGAGCCCCGAGCUGCUCUCUGCAAGAUUAAUUGCCUUCCUGGAACGUCUGCCCUGCAACAAGCCAUCCUUGGAUGGGUCCUUGAAGACCAAGCGUGGGGCUACAGUCAUUGCGCACAGUCUGGGCGGCCUCAUCACCCGGCACGCAGUGAAUCAACGACCCGAUCUCUUCGCCGGUGUCAUAUACGCAGGCGUGCCGCAACACUGCGUUAAUAUCCUCGGUCCACUGCGCAACGGCGACGACGUCCUCCUCAGCUCGCGAGUCCUGACUGCACAAGUCAACUUCACUUUCCGUACCAGCUUUGCCCUCCUUCCCGAAGAUGGCCACUGCUUCAUCGACAAGCAGUCGAAAGAAGAGUUCCGUGUCGACUUCUUCGACGCGAAAAAUUGGGAAGAAUACCGUCUGUCACCUUGCAUGGGUCCAGCUCUCCAACCACCCACUGGAGGGGGUGUCUUCAAAGAUUUCGCAACGAUCAGCAAACGCUUCUCCCUCGGCCCUAGGGAUUCUCUCCCAGACCUCCAAGAUAUAAACGACCACAACACCACCACCACCACCACCACCACCAGUACCGAAGAAGACCGUGACCCCCACACUUUCAACCCCCACCACGACCGGCAUCACGGCAUCCCCAAUCCAACCGACUCAGCCCAAAACAAAGCCUCCGACAUCCUCCUCCAACCACCAUUAGAAGGAAUCGUCGGCCCCUCCGCACCACGCAGCAGCACAAGCACAAGCAAAAUCUCAACAACAGUAACAAUCCCCCACGCCAUCGCAGAGGAAUAUCUCCAACGCACUCUCUCCGAAGUAAAACGCUUCAAAUCAGAGCUCGAAUUCCGCCCCGCCCACCAAGCAGACAACAAAUACCCACCCGCAGCAGUUAUCUACGGAAAAUCCGUCCCAACUGUCUACGGCGCGCGCGUUACAUCCCGUGAAGCGAUCAAGCAACAAGACUGCUAUGAUGAUCUCGCCUUUGCGGCCGGUGAUGGCGUUUGUCUUGCUUCGGCGGCGAUGUUGCCACCCGGGUAUAGGAUUAUUAAGAAUGGGCUUGUUAAGAGUGAUCGGGGUCAUGUGGGGCUUUUGGGAGAUCUUGAGGGCGUCGGGGAGUGUUUGAGGGCUAUUAUAAGGGGGAGGAAGGAGGGAGUUGGGAUGGGGAGUGCGACUGCUUCAACUGUGGCUGCAUAA